AUGGCCGACCUCGCGACCCCCGACUUCCUCUCAUCCCUUAAGGCACUCUCCCCUCCACACACCCCCAACGCGCCCUCCCACCUCUCGACGUCCCGGCCGUCUUCAGCUACGCCCUCGAGGACCUCGUCGCGUCCCAGCACGCAGCAGGCCCCGCUGGGGACGCGGCGCGCGAGCGCCGAGGAGCAGCUCGUCCUCGCCCGCAAGGUCCACGAGGCCGUCCUCCAGUCCGGGCUUCUUAGCGGCAUGCCGCGGGCGAUCAACACGCUCGUCGCGCUACACCACGUCAUGCCGGAGCACUUGCGAGCGGCCAAGCCCCUCCGAGACACGCGGAGGCCCCCAGCAGAGUGGGACAAGCACGGCGAGGCGCUCUUCAGCGCCGUGUACCGCGACACGGCACCGUCGGUCCAGAGCCUCCUCGACGCUGCGUACCCCGACCUAGGCUGGUUCUGCACGACGGUCGGGUACGGCAUGACCUACGGCGGGACGGACGUCCUCUCCGUCGUCGAGCUCGUCUACGUCAUGGCCGCCGCGCUCAUCGCCGUCGACGCGCCCCGCCAGGUCGGCUGGCACCUCGCGAACGCGCGCCGCAGCGGCGCGUCGCUCGAAGAGGUGCGGGCGGUGAGGGCCACCGCCACCGAGGUGGCGCAGAGGGCGGGGGUGAGGUGGCGGAACGACGUGCUGGAGGUGGAGGCGUGAAGCGCGGAGAUGCAGGGCAGCAGGGGGACGUUGGGCUUGUGUGUUGCACUGAUGGAUUGAGUAUUCGUGUCC